GAGAAUUUCCCUUCGAUGUAUUUACUGAUAUUGCCCGAGAAUGAACGACUGUAUCAGCAUUCUGGGUGGGGAAUUCCAACUUCUACGGGUGACCCCAGCACUAUACGAUGAAACCGAAGAGAUAUUGACUGAUUUGUCGAUAAACGAGGAGUUUUUAUGCCUAACCACCAAUCUGAAGGAUUCGCCAGCGGCAAUAAAGGAGCUCCGGACGCUGAUUAGACAUAUACUAUCCUGUGGAAUUUCGUUUGCCAUUCGCCAAGUGGCAAGUGGAAGAAUUGUUGCCGCCCUGGCCGGUAUAAUAUUCAACUACAAAAAAGAAUCUUCUUACUUUCGAAUAAUGGCCCAGUUCAAGAGCCCUAGCAUGGUAAGAUACAGGCAGUUGAUGGAUGCCAUCGAGAACAGCUAUGAUAUGUACAAGGAGUGGAAGGUGGACAGUAUAGUUGAGGUAGAAUACUUGGGUACAAGGCCGGAAUUCAGAGGUCGUGGCUUAUCAGGUAUUCUAAGCCAGUGCAUCAUUCGUUUUGGAAGGCUGAUGUCGCAGGGAAAACUUCCCCCGGAUGUAUUCGGCCAACUAUCAAAGGAGAUGCAACUAAAUAGACCUGGUGCCAUCUGUACAAUCGUCACUUCGCCAUCUUACGUGGAGUACGCACAGAGAAGGGGUAUUCAAGUGGCCCAUAGGUGGAGAAUUUCGGAACUGAGAUCCUGGGCAGGAAAUACGGCAGCACAUGGUGACGACGAGGCCUUCGAGUACGCAGAUCUCUGUAUGAUAAAGUAUUGAAAAGUGAAUGUCUGGAGUUCAAAUAGCUGCGGACCACAAGAAAUGAAAUCCUCUUUAACAUAAAGAAUGUAUCGACCUAUCUCACUUUUUAAAUCCCGACCAAACCCCUAAUAAAUCAACGUGCGAAAAUAAUCACGUGUUUAAUC